AUGGAUUAUGUGAAGUAUGGCCUGGCUGAUGUCAUUGAGAACCCAGGGGUCAUCACAGACAUCAGGAUGAAGGCUGUCAACGAGGUGUUCUCCUCCAUCAAGUACCUGGUCAUAUACAACUGCCCCCACCUCCAUAACCCACAGAACUGGAUUACAGACCACUCGCGCUGGAGUCGCCUGGUGGACCUGACUCUGGUGCGUUGCCAUGCCAUCAAGCUGGAGUCGUUCAGCCAGUUCAUUGAGCUGCUUCCCAGCCUGGAGUUCAUCUCCCUGGACAAGAUGUUCAGAGAACCACCCAAGGUUAGUCCACGGCCAAGCCUGGAGUUUAUCUCCCUGGUCCUGGUCCCAGUCAGCCUGCUGAGUAGGAAGAACCCCCUGGUCCUGGUCCUAGUCAGCCUGCUGAGUAGGAAGAACCCCCUGGUCCUGGUCCCAGUCAGCCUGCUGAGGAGGAAGAACCCCCUGGUCCUGGUCCCAGUCAGCCUGCUGAGGAGGAAGAACCCCCUGGUCCUGGUCCCAGUCAGCCUGCUGAGUAGGAAGAACCCCCUGGUCCUGGUCCUAGUCAGCCUGCUGAGUAGGAAGAACCCCCUGGUCCUGGUCCCAGUCAGCCUGCUGAGGAGGAAGAACCCCCUGGUCCUGGUCCCAGUCAGCCUGCUGAGUAGGAAGAACCCCCUGGUCCUGGUCCUAGUCAGCCUGCUGAGUAGGAAGAACCCCCUGGUCCUGGUCCCAGUCAGCCUGCUGAGGAGGAAGAACCUCCUGGUCCCAGUCAGCCUGCUGAGGAGGAAGAACCCCCUGGUCCUGGUCCCAGUCAGCCUGCUGAGGAGGAAGAACCUCCUGGUCCCAGUCAGCCUGCUGAGGAGGAAUAACCUCCUGGUCCCAGUCAGCCUGCUGAGGAGGAAUAACCCCCUGGUCCUGGUCCCAGUCAGCCUGAUGAGUAGGAAGAACCCCCUGGUCCUGGUCCCAGUCAGCCUGCUGAGUAGGAAGAACCCCCUGGUCCUGGUCCCAGUCAGCCUGCUGAGUAGGAAGAACCCCCUGGUCCUGGUCCCAGUCAGCCUGCUGAGGAGGAAGAACCUCCUGGUCCCAGUCAGCCUGCUGAGGAGGAAGAACCCCCUGGUCCUGGUCCCAGUCAGCCUGCUGAGGAGGAAGAACCCCCUGGUCCCAGUCAGCCUGCUGAGGAGGAAGAACCCCCUGGUCCUGGUCCUAGUCAGCCUGCCAACCCUCGGCCUGACGGGGAACAAGAAGGUCUGGACAGGUCCCAGUGGUGUUCAGUGUGUGGUGAAGAAGCCUCCAGUGGUGAUGUCUGACUCGGAUAGUGGAGAGGGCCCUGCCAGACCCCAGGCUCCUGUCCGGCCCCAGCAGCAACACACCACCUAUCCUCCUGAACCACCACAGCCCACUGGCAAGACUGCCACUGCUAAGGAGACAGCCACACACAGUAGUGAGUAUAGCUGUUUUGGUGACCCUAUCACCGGAAAACCGCAGGGGAGGUGGGAGACGAGGGGACGGUCAGGACUCGCUGCACCUGCAGUAGGGCUCGCCCCGGCCCAGAGGGACGGACUCGAGGUGGGCCUAACCACCCAGCCUCUGGAGGGUCAGGAGGAGGGGAUAGGACCCCAGAGAGGAGGCAGGAUCUGGGGGAGAGAGCAGGAGCAGAGGGGCUGGAGGCCGGGGACCCUGUUGGGGUAUGAGGGGCAUGGUGGUGAGAAGACGUCUGGCCAGAGCUCCAGGGAGGUCAACGGCGCAGAGCUCCAGCCCAGGGGGUUAAGGGACGGCUUCCCCAGUAGACCUGUCACCCGCGCCCGCAGCAGACUGUCAUCUGUACCCCUGGUGUCUGAGUCCGAGCUGUCCAAGCCCAAGCCUCGGGUCACGGUGAAUAGGAAACGCACAGCAGACAAGUCCACAAGCCCCAGCGACACGGUCACUGAGGACGAUCAUGUACAGGUGCUGACGCUGAAAUCCAAAAACCUGGUGGGAAUCACCCUCACUAACUGUGGCAUCACUGACCUGGUGCUGAAGGACUGCCCCAAGAUGAUGUUUGUUCAUGCCACGCGCUGCAGAGUGCUGAAGCAUCUGAAGGUGGAAAGUGCUCCCAUAGUGAACCGUUUCAACUACGCCCAGUAUAAGAAGCUGGACAUGGAGCAAGUCCUGGAUCAGAUCCUCUGCAUGCCCCCUGAGAGGAACCGCAUCAUCUACAUGCGCCCCAUGCAGCAGAUUGACUCUCUGGCCCUGGACAGGAAGCUGUUCCGUGGGCCGUACCCCUACCACAUCGCCAUCAUACAUGAGUUCAGCAACCCCCCCAACGUCAGGAACAAGGAGUGGUAGAUGAAGUCCCCUACUCCAUGAUCACAGACUUCCCCUGGCUCCGUACCUUACGUACAGCUGACCACAACAGUUACGCACGCUACGACUUUGAGGAUGAUGAGAGCGAUGACUGCAAGCAUGCAGACUGUGUCCAAGCAAGAGGACCUUCCUUCAACACAUUAGGACCACACUGUGUCUUAUGUGGAAUAAUAACAAGCACAACUAAGUUUUGUUCAUGUAUGUGAAUCGCACUGUAACACAGGAGGUAGGAGAAAGAACAGGACAGGAAUGGACCCUAUGAUCUGGAGCUUAUUUUCUAGCUUUCUGGAGGUGAAAAAUACACUACUUUUCUCCCUAGUCUCUCCUACCUUUUGGAAGUUUGAGUUUCAACAGGCUGUUGGACAGGAAGUCAGGUGGUGUAUGCAAACAAACACGCAUUUUAUCUUAACAACGCAUGCAAUGCUGAAUCUGUUUAACUGUGAAAGAAUCCUGUGUUCCUGAACUGAAGUUAGUUGAGGAUACAUUUUGAAUGCCACUUUAAGAGUCUGAUGAAGAGCCAUUAAAGUGUGAUAACUCCAUUAUUGCUGUUCUACUGUUUCUCUUGUCUGGGUGACUCCCUCCACCCUCCUCUUCCAAAGCCAAGCUAGUCUGGGUGACUCCCUCCACCCUCCUCUUCCAAAGCCAAGCUAGUCUGGGUGACUCCCUCCACCCUCCUCUUCCAAAGCCAAGCUAGUCUGGGUGACUCCCUCCACCCUCCUCUUCCAAAGCCAAGCUAGCCUGGGUGACUCCCUCCACCCUCCUCUUCCAAAGCAAAGCUAGUCUGGGUGACUCCCUCCACCCUCCUCUUCCAAAGCAAAGCUAGUCUGAGUGACUUCCUCCCCCUUCCUCUUCCAAAGCAAAGCUAGUCUGGGUGACUUCCUCCCCCUUCCUCUUCCAAAGCAAAGCUAGUUUAGGUGACUACCUCCACCCUCCUCUUCCAAAGCCAAGCUAGUAAUGUUUGUGGAUUUAAUCUAAACACGCUAAUCACUGCAGAAAAAAACCUGUGUACAAAACCACAUGUACAGAUAUGCUGUAUUUAAUGGAUCUUCCAAGAUUUGUUUUAUAUGUUUAUAUAGAAAAAAACUAUUUCACAUAAUAAAAAGGGAGAACUGAAUCAAGUGGA